ACUUGGACUGAGAUCUGGAGUGAUGAAGAUCUCUACUGUGUUAGUAGGGCUUGUCAUGAUCUUUGAAUUGAUUCAUGGUUUUGAGAAUGUGAUUACAGCUUGUAAUGAAUAUUGGCUGCAGGUCAGAAUUAAAAGAAGACUUUAUUUGAAUUACCAGCUACCCCGGCAUUAUGAGCUAUAUCUAGGAACUGGUUGUCCUGUAACUGGAGAGCUGUUGGAUUUCUUUGAGUUCCUUUAUCCUAUCCAUUCUUGUGGAAUCAAAUCUGAAGUGCGUCCAUGGGGUAUUCUCCUUGAAAGUUUCAUCACUUAUGUACCAAUGAAUUUAGAUAUCGGUGUUUACUUUCAUAUAUCAUGCUGUAUUCAAAGAAGGGUUUUAUUCAUUUAUCCAAAUAACAUGAUUGGGAACAACAGCCCUGCAUACAAAAAGUCAAUGAGGAAAAGUAACACAACUUCACAACAACAGGAAAACUCAGGAACCCAUUCAGGAGUGACAUUUGGGGUACUUCUUUUUGAUGAUAUGUGUAAACUAGGAGAAAAUCGAAGUUCUCUAUAA